AUGGCAUUGAUCUCUUCGCCAUUUUUCUUUGGAAAAAAUCCAUCGAAUUCUUCGUUAUCCUAUUAUUCCAAAGUCACAACUUUACCUAAAAUCAAUCCCACGUCAAAUGAACCGAUUUCGUCAUCAUCUUUGGAUCUUCGAACUCAAUCGAAACUUUCUCAACGAUCAAAUUGUGAACAAAUUCCCGAAAAUGUUUCGUUUACUGUUGGAGAAGAUCGAAAUCAAAUUCGUUUGCCCGUUUUUGGUCGUCGACCGUCGACGAUGAGCGAGAAAUCGACGGACAGAGAAAGAAUCGUUGGACUCGAUGAACUUCUGUCGAUUUUGAGAGAAAAAGUUCGUUCUCAAGAAAAUGAUAUUCGAAUUAAAUUUCGUCAUUCGAUCGAUUUUGAUUCGAAUGGAAAAAUCUCUCUUCAAGCAUUUAAACAUAUUCUCGCGUCAAUCUUUGGAAUUCAAAGACAAAUUUCGCCAAAUCAAAUUGAGAAAUUAAUCGAAAAACUUCAUUUGAGCAAUUUAACAAAAAUCAGUUUUGAUGAUUUUCAUCGUUCAUUAUCAUUGGACCGUUCAACAGUAAAAUCUUCGUCUCAAUCCUAUUUGAGUAAACGAACAGCUGGACAAAUGUUUCUUAUUCUCAAAGACAAAGCUCGAACAAAGUUCAUCGUUUUUGGGAGUGAAGAUUUAGUUCGCUUUUGUCCUUCAUUGAACGAUGGACAACCGAGAAAAAUCUUCAAAAGUCAACUUCAAAAUGGUCUCAUCGACAUGGGUUAUCGAAUGGUUGACAAAGAAUUCGAUAAAUUAUGGAACAAAUUUGAUCCCGAUGGUUUUCACGUGAUUAAUUCCGAAAAAUUUCUUAAAAAAUUAACCAAUGAACAUUUUCUUGUUGAAAGUUGUUCCACAUCACGAAGUGAAACUCAAGAACAACAAUCAGCUAUUUUAAAAGCGUCAUUUAUGAAAUCUUCUUCUUCAAAUCCAAAUGAACAUUUCGAUGAAAAUCAAAUUCAAAAAUGGUUCAAAGAAAAACUUCCUCAAUGUUUCGAUCAAUUAGAAAAUCGAUUCAACGAUCUCGAUCCAUUCAAAACUGGCCAAGUUUCUUCACAAAUAUUUCUCGAACAAUUGAAAUCAUUUGGAUUGAAAUUAGAAGAAACGCUUUUGGAAUAUUUUCUCAAACGUUUAAAUGUUUCGUCGGCAUUGAAUGAUCAAUUGAUCAAAUAUGAAGAGGUUCUCAAUGCUUUUAAACAACUUGUUGGUUCAAAUAAGAAGAAAAGCAAAGAAGAAAAUCCUUUACCAAAAGAAGAUUUUGUUCAAUCGUCAAUGGAAAAACAAGUUGAAUAUUUAAUUUCGUUGAAUUACGAACGAAUUCAAGAGAAAAUGAAAAGUUUCGAUAAAAAACAAAGUGGAACAAUUGAAAAUAAUGAGAUGAAAACAAUUAUUGAAGAUUUACUCGAAUUUCCCAUCAGACCCGAUGAAUUUGAUCAAUUGAAUAAACAUUUUCCAAAAAAUCCAUUGGGAAAAAUCAAUUAUUUAAUUUAUCUCAAACAAAUCAAAGAACGAACAAAUUCUCUUCAAACAAUUCCAGAAGAAAACGAAUCUUCUCAUCGAAGUGAACAAAUUCCUCAAUGGGAUUAUAUGAGAUCAACAAAUAUUCGUGAAAGUCUCAAACAACAACAUAUCAAUGAGAAACAAAUCGCAAAAGAAAGUUGUUCAAAUGAAACUCAUGAAAAUACAAAUCCACGAACAAUUUCUGAAUUAAAUCAAAUUCUCAAAACAUUAAUUCAAACACGAAUCAAAGAUAUUGAACAAGAAUUCGAUCAAAUUGAUUAUGGAUCAUAUCGAGAGUUGACACACGAUUAUCUUUAUCGUUUAUUAAAACGUUUUCCAAUCAAACCAGAAAUCACAAAGAAAGAAGUGGAACUUCUCUGGUGUCAAUGUCAUUUAAAAGAAAAUGGAACAUUGGAUUUCGAUGAAUUUCUUCGUCAAUUUGGUUAUUCGAAACGUUCAGCACAUUAUCCAAAUGCAAAACAAAAUCCUCCGCAAAAAGGCGACAGAGAUUAUCUUUUAACAUCAAAUAAAUUAUACGCAGAUACAAUUCUCGUUCAUCAAACAACAAAACAAUUUAUUAAAAACAAUUGGAACCAAUUUCAAAGAGAAUUUACUCAAAUUGAUCCUUAUCGAACAGGUUUUAUUCAUUCCGAAGAAUUUGAUGAAAUCUUUCAAGAACUUUAUCCGAAUAUUAUUCAACAAGAUUUAGAUUUCAUUAAAAAACAUUUUCAAAAUACAAAUGAUUCAAGAAUUAAUUAUGUCGAAUUUUUAAAACAAUAUUCACCAAAUGACGAACUUUUUCAUGAAAAUGAACAAAGAACGAGAAGACCACCAACGACGAUCAAUGAAAAUAUUCGCCGAAAUGNAAAAUGCAUCUUUCUCUUUGAUUUAUUUACACAAAUGAAUAAAUGA